AUAGCUAGCUAGCCAUGCAGGAGAUCAAAGUUGAGAUGAUCAGUAGAGAGGUAAUAAAACCUUCCUGUCCAACUCCCCAUCAUCUUAGAUGCUUUGAUCUCUCCCUUUUAGAUCAGCUACAACCCGAAAAUUAUAUAUCAGUGGUGAUAUUCUACUCAAACAACCCUUGUGAUCUUCCCCAUUUCAAGGCCGUUGAUAUAUCCCAUAGGCUAAAGACAUCAUUGUCUGAAACCCUGCGUCGUUUCUAUCCACUUGCUGGGAGAGUAAAAAAUAAUGUCUCAAUUGAGUGCAACGAUGCUGGCGUUGAUUAUUUGGAAGCACGAGUCAAUUGCCAUCUCUCAGACAUUCUUGAACAACGUCCCGAACAGAAAAUGUUGUACCACUUUCUUCCGAAAGUGACUGAACCCAUGGAUCAACCAAGCUUGGAACCUUUGGUUCUAGUUCAAGCUAGCUUCUUUGAAUGUGGCGGAUUGGCCAUUGGUGUGUGUGUUUCCCACAAGGUAGCCGAUGCAGCCACGACUAGCAUGUUCACUAAUAGUUGGGCUAGCGCGGCUCUUGCCGCGUCUGGUGAAGCAGUGCUGCCUCCGGAAUUCAGUGCCGCAUCUCGCAUACCUCCGAGACAUAAGUUGCCGCCACUAGCCAUGAGCUUGGCGAACGAGACGACUGUUUCAAGGAGGUACGUGUUUGAUGCACCAAAGAUUGAUGCUCUCAAGACAAAAGCCGCCAGCGCCAACGUUCUACAGCCCACACGCGUUGAAGCAGUCUCAUCUCUUAUUUGGAAAUGUGCAAUAACCGUCUCAAGAUCAAAACGCAAGUUUCUUUUGCCAUCUAGACUGACCCAAGUGGUGAACAUCCGCGAAAGGCUUACUCCGCCCUUUCCUAAAAAUACUUUUGGAAAUCUCGUGUGGUUUUAUUCGCGAGAGACAACAGACAAUGAGAUACAGUUGCAUCGGUUGGUUACUGAGUUAAGGAAAGGAAAAGAAGCUUUUAGUGAAGAUUAUGCAUCAAAGUUAUCUGGGGACGAGACUUUCUCUGUGGAUAGUCAAGAUAUCAAACAUCUUAGUAGUCUUUUCGCCUCAGAGGGUAAUACAGACCACAUUCUCAUUUCCAGCUGGUGCAGAUAUCCACUAUAUGAGGCUGACUUUGGUUUGGGGAAGCCAACAUGGGUGACUAUGGGUAAUAAUCUGAUGUUCAAGAAUUCCAUAUUUCUGAUGGAUACGAGAGAUGGCAGCGGAAUAGAAGCUUGGAUUACUCUUAGUGAAGAAGACAUGGCAUUAUUUGAACAAGAUAAAGAUCUGCUUGGAUUUGCAUCUUCCAACCCAACUGUCCACGAUUAAAUCAGAAUUUUAGUGUAUAUGUUACCUGGCUAGAGAUGGAUGAUCAAGAGAUGCAAGAAGUUUUUAGUAGGAGUCCCAGUACUUAAGUACUACUAGUCUAGAUAAAUAAGGAGAAUCAGCAUUUUAUCGUGAUCAAAUAUUGGUUGCUGAUUGUUGCGGAGGAUUGAUAUGGAAGGUGCACAGCUAAUAAGGAAGGAGCUUCCAGCGCGUUUAUGGCUAUAGAAUAAAUAAUUUGUUUAGGCAAUAUUGCCCUGUUUCGGAAAUAUGUCAAUCCGCAUUUAAUUUUCGUAUGCCCUGUUUCGGAAGUGUAUCGUUCAACAUUUAAAUUUUGUAGGAUGCUAACUUCAAUAUUUUUGGAUAGCCAUUGGCUAUAAAAUUGUAAGAAAGGUCUAUCAAUAAAGCAUCCAGAAG